UACAAACAUAGAUAGAUACACACUACUAGUGUAAUUGGAUCAAUUAUUGUAAUUAAGGGAAUGGCGUCGAGCGAUGAAACGCCGGGACAAAUGCCACCGGGAGACGGGUCAGUGCCGCCGGGGAAGGCGAUGUCGGUGGCGCAGAAAGCGGUGGACAAGGGAGUUCAGUUGAUCCAGUCGCUGAAACCCAUGAAGCAGAUGGGGCAACACGUCUGCACCUUCGCUCUCUACAGCCAUGACUUGAGCCGCCAGAUCGAGACUCACCACUACGUCGCUCGCCUUAACCACGACUUCCUCCAGUGCGCCGUCUACGAUUCCGAUGCUCCUAACGCCCGUCUUAUUGGCGUUGAAUAUAUAGUCUCGGAGAAGAUCUUUGAUACCCUCCCGCCUGAAGAGCAGAAACUUUGGCACUCCCAUGCCUAUGAGAUAAUCUCGGGGCUUUGGGUGAACCCAGGAGUCCCAGAAAUGGUGCAAAAACAAGAACUGCAACAACUUUCUCCGACGUACGGCAAGUUCUGGUGCACGUGGCAAGUGGACAGAGGCGACAGGCUCCCGCUGGGGGCGCCGGCGUUGAUGGUGUCGCCGCAAGGGGAGAGCAUGGGGACGGUUAAGCCGGAGCUGAUCAGAAAGAGAGACGAGAAGUACAAGAUCUCGUCGGAGGAGCUCGGGAAAAGCAGGGUGGAUGUUUUGGUGCCGGAAAAUAUAAACCCCAACGCCGACUACUGGGUGCAGACCGGAAAAGGGUUCGCCGUCGACGUAGAGCAAGUUGAAAUGAAGAAACAUUCGCCUUUCCCUUGAUCAAACGCUAUGCAUUAUACUAGAUCAGAUCAGCAACCUAGUAUUAGUAUUUUAGUAUUACAUCCCAUCGUCGUUGUCUUGUCUACUACUCUACUAGAUUUUGAAGGAUUGCCGGUUUUGUUGUUCUAUAUAAUAUUUUGAAUGGAUAAACAAAUUAAGAUGUGAUUUGAGAGGGGGGAGAAUACCUUAGAGAAAAUUUAUUAUUUUAUUACC